CCUAGAUGUAACUCGUUCAUAUAGAAUAUAAUUAAUAUUAAAUUUCAAUAUAUAUUUUCUCACAAAUGUAAUUUAGACUUAGCCUAAUUCGUCACUGGAAGUCAUGUACACAGUUCACACCUGACAUGCCUCUAGUGACUCAACUUGGUAAUGAUCAGAGUCCCGUGGUCUUAUGUACUGGUGGGAUUAAUCCCUUGAAGCCCAAAGAUUAUUUAACAGGUGGAGCAAUGUUCUGCUAUCAAACAAUGAAAGAUACGUGGGCAUAUUUUGGUACAAUGACAGAACCUCGUAAUUACCAUGCUAUAGUGUAUAUACACGGACGUAUCUAUGUUUUCGGUGGUUACAAUCCUCUUGAGAUUGUAAAUGGAGAAAUGCAACCAACAGCAACUGUUUUCCAAUUGACGAUACGUUCUAAAAGAUGGAGAAGAAAGGCAGAUAUGUUUCAUGCAAGAGCAUGUCAUGCAGCCGUUGUAGUAGAGGGAAGGAUCUUUAUUGUUGGUGGAAAAAAUGACAGUGGAGAAAUACUCUCCAGUGUAGAGGUAUACGAACCCGAUUUUGAUCAGUGGACAAUGGUCAAGCCAAUGCCUGAACCGCUGAUGGGUUGUGGUGCUACCUACCUAGAAGGUCUUGUUUAUGUUGCUGGAGGAGUAACUAAUUCAAAAACGAAUAAGAAUUCGUCGAUAGUUGUUGAUCAUGUAUUGUGUUAUGAUCCUGUAGAAGAUAGCUGGUACAAAAAACCGCCAUUACUACAGCGCCGUGCUUUCUGUGCCGCUAUUACUGUGAAGAGAGAAGUAUGGAUCUGGGGAGGUUUAUCAGGCAUUCAAGAAACCGGGCAGCUAGACAGUAUUGAUACCGUAGACGUUUACAGUCCAAGAAAGUGUCUCUGGGAAACUAAGUUGUCAUUGUCAACACCUAAACACGCUGUGGCAAUAGCUAAAGCAGGGUCCUGUGUUUAUGUCCUUGGCGGAAUGAAUAGCAAAGAAGAGGAAGCUGUGUCAGAGAAUGAUAUCUACGACCGUGAAAGGAACCUGUUAUUAGAUGGUUCUGCAUUACCAUUAGCCAUAGCAGGGGCUGCUGCAGUUGGUGUACCAGUGAAUUAUAUUGCUAAAAGUGGAAAUAAAUGGGUAACGCAAGAACCGGACGACAUAGCCAAGAACCAGGCAGCAGUAAAGAUACAAGCUGUUUUUCGAGGGCACCAUUCUAGAAGACAAGUAAAUAGACAGAAAUAUGAAACAACUUAUCGAUAUAUAUGAAUACUUACAUUAGAUAUGUGAUAUAUUACAUAGAGAUGAUGCUAUAAACAACUAGAAAAUGUUUCUCAAUAACCAGGUUUCUCUGCAGCUAUAAGUAACAUGUACAUGUGGUUCAUGCAUACUCUCACAAAGCAGACUCUUGAACAUUGCUAGGGAUAAAUCGUGAGUAGUUAUGGAGGCACUCCGCUAGAGAACGCCAUGCAUGUGUUGGACUUUGGG